UACAUUCUUCGUUCGUUACUUCAUUCAUUUAUGUCAAAAAAGUUGAAACUUUGCUUGGUGAUGAAAUUGUAAUGUUUUUUAUUUUAUUAUUAUACUAUUUUCCCACGCUUUUACUUAUUUACUCAACCUGAUCACAAUCGAACUAUUAAUUAUAGAUACGCGUAAAGAAAUUCCGUACCGUGUUAAGCGUCAAAAGUUUUGAGAUAACUGUGACUUACAUCGACAUUGGCGAAUUAAUCAGUUGAAUCACAAUGAAAGCGCCUUAUAAAUAACUGAAAGUAGGUGAAGUGUGAAGAAUAACGUUGAGUGAUACGUCGCAGUGCGUUCCUGAGGCGUGAGAGAUGUCGGACAGCACUUUCGUAGCGAAGCCGGCGCGGGGUUGGCUGCACCCCGACUCGGUGCUUGCGAGCGAUGGAAUCACGUAUGCAGUCAGGUACAUUGGCUGCAUGGAAGUCCUAACAUCUAUGAAGAAACUAGACUUUGAAACUAGAUCUCAGGUAGCAAAAGAAUGUAUUGCAAGAGUAUGUGCAGCUGCUGGUCUUCGAUCAGCUGACAAGAAGCGUAGAGUGUGCCAGGCAGCUGUGCGAGCUCUCGCGGCUCGGCCUAGGAUGGCACACUCCGGAGCCAAUGUUGCCCUCACAAUAUCAUCUAAAGCCAUCACCCUAGCAGCUCUUGAAGGCGGAGAGACUAUAGCACGUCAUGAUAUGCCAAGAGUCUCGUUCGCGUCUGGCGGUGAUACAGACUCUUUAGACUUCGUAGCUUACGUUGCCAAAUCCGUGCCGCCGGCAGAGUGGAGAGCUUGCUACGUUCUCGAAUGCGGCGGCAGACUAGCACAAGACGUGAUAGCAACUAUAGGGCAAGCAUUCGAACUUCGGUUUAAGGAAUUCUUGACGAAACCCUCAUCGUUGAAUCUAAACGGAUCUCGAGCCCUUUGCGACACGGCAAGUAGCGUGGCGUCGGAGGACCGCGAGUACUACAACGACAUGCCGGACAAGACGCCGCCAGAGGCCGCCACCACGUACAGACACCCACCGCCGCCGCCCCUCGCCUCGCUCGCGUCACUUGCUCCUAUAUCUUCUUGCGAAGAAAGCGUGCGACACUACGUAAACCAGACCCCACCCCCUCGGACACCGCCCACCGCACUGCUGCCCAAUCACCAUACAGACAUCUUCGACAUGCAGCCCUUCACAGCGGCGCCUGUGACGUCAUCGUCUGCGGCGUCGUCGUCGUCCUCCCCGUGCGAGGCUCCCGCCGAGCCGCUGUCGGCGCAGGCGCAGGCCGCGCUGCUGGCGCGGGAGCCCUGGUUCCAUGGACCCAUCUCUAGGAUUACUGCGGAGAAGUUAGUGGUAGAAGAUGGAGAGUUCCUGGUCCGUGAGUCUGCAGCCUGCCCCGGCCAGUUCGUGCUGACGGGGGCUAGGAAAGGCAGCCACAAGCAUCUGCUACUUGUCGAUCCCAAUGGAGUGGUCCGAACCAAAGACCGUGUAUUCGAGAGCGUGCCGCACCUGAUAAAGUACCACUGCAGCAACGAGCUACCAAUAGUGUCCGCCGACUCGGCGUUACUGCUUAGAAAACCAGUCCUACGCGACGGUGCGUCAUGAACGCCAUGCCAUACGAAUACUCCAAUAUUAUUUAUGACUGACAAAGAAAUAUAGGCCCCAUUCUCGAAUUAAGAUGUGUAGGAAUUGAUAAUGCUUACCGUAACUUAGUAUUCCCUAGGGACCCAUCCGUAUCUUCCAGCAACUAAGUAGCACUUCCCAAGCUAGCAAAUGUUGCAGCUGUCCUGUCAAACCAUAGCAACAAUCACGCAGCACAUAUCGCAUAUAUUGUAAUCUUAGAUCACGACCACCUUAUUGAACACAGUUUACUAUUGGUAGAAUUCUAAAUGUACCCAAUGUUAGUCCGCAUUUAUUUUGUAUUGGUCAUCCGCUAUAAAAGUGAUAGACUAUUUGUAAUUUGAGUACCAAAGUCAUGUUUUGGUUGGAAUGCUAUUGCAAAAAUUGUGAUUAUUUUCCAAUAAACUUAUUUUAUUAUAUAUAACUAGUCUUCACCAAAUCUUUAUUUAGAAGUGAAGGCAUCUUGUUUUAGCGAAGUUAAGUAUGAGAUUAGUUAAUAUUCUAUUAAUCAUAAGAAUAAUGUUGCUGUGCAAUUGACGAUGCCAAACUGUAGUCGAGACACAGGAGUCUUAUUUUUAUAUUAAAAUGUAUUUUGCUAGAAUGUCGUAUACAUCAAAUGCCAGAGCAUGCAUUCAAGUAUCGCACAAACAGAAACAGCUCUCUGCAUCAUGGUUAACAUUUGAAAUGUUUUAUUAUACGUUUACAAUAAUGUAAUAACACAUAGGUGCUAUGAUGGCUUACUUAAAUAAUUUUAAAUUUUAAUUAGUGGUGUAAUUUUAUAAAAUUGUAACUGUACAUACAACAUCACAUUAUCUGUUAAUCAUAGAAUAAUUUAAGACUGUUAUUUUAGACUCGAAUCUUUUACAGAGUUAAGUGAUACAAUUUUGAUGCUUUAAGAAUAUCCCUCUCUGUUUUGAGAGUUUAUUUGUAGUACACAAUAUAGCACAAAAAUUAUGUGUUUUACACCCAACUAGAGAGAAUAUGGGUGUUAUCACACUUGCACUAUGAAAAGCAAGUUUCAGAAAAGGUAACAUUUAUGAUAAUGCUAUUAUUGAAUAAAUGGAAUUGAAAUAGCGAGUGACAAAUGUAGUCAUCACUCGGCUGGACUGAUUUUGAGAUGGAAUGCAAACAAUUUAUUGCUUACAUAGUUCUUAUUGCUUCGUAGAAGUAACACCCCGACCGCUAAUUACGCGCACUUUGUGCAAUUCCAGCACUACCUUACCCGCUUACAAUUAUAAUGCAAUAUUCCAUUUUGACAUAAAAUGUUACAUCAUCGUAAAUAUAGUUUAUGGAUAUAUGUUAUUGACCUAUCAUUAAUUUUAAAAGUGAUGUAUUUAAAUUAAUGUAUAAUGUGAUUUAAAUAAACUAUUUUAAAAAAUCAA